AUGUCAAGAGUUAAGAGAAUUGCAAAAGAAUUGGAAGAGUGUCGUCAAGACAAGCAAUCUGGUGUCACGCUUGAACUCAACAAUGACGCCGAUUUGACCCAUUUGACAGGAUACUUUGCUGGCCCACCAGGCACACCAUACCAAGGUGGGUUGUUCCAAGUUGCAAUAGAUAUCCCCAACGAAUAUCCAUUCAAACCACCACAAAUGAAAUUCACCACCAAGGUGUACCACCCCAACAUUUCGUCAGUCACGGGAGCUAUAUGUCUCAACAUUUUAAAAGAUAAAUGGACACCCGUCUUGACUUUGAAAUCGACGUUGAUCUCAUUGCAACUUUUGUUACAAUCGCCUGAACCUAAUGAUCCACAAGAUGCUGAAGUUGCCAAACAUUACUUGAGUAAUAAAGCUGGGUUUGAAGAAACUGCUGCGUACUGGACAAAAUUGUAUGCUAAUGAUGGGAAAUCAGAUGGAACAGGAGCAGGAGGAGCAGGAGGAGGAGCUGCUGCUGAGGCUAGAGAUUCGGCGUUGUAUGGUAUUGAUGAUUCGAUUGUGACUCAAUUUGAAAAUAUGGGGUUCCCAAGAGAUAAGACUAUUGAGGUGUUGAGAAGAAUGGGCGUAAAGAGUUUUAAUGGUGUUGAUAAUAAGGGCGAUUUGGAGAACAAGAUCUUGGAAGCAUUGUUGAGAGAGUGUCAAUAG